AUGAUCGUUCCUGUGCGCUGCUUUACGUGUGGCAAAGUGCUGGCCAACAAAUGGGAGACAUACUUGGGUCUGCUACGUGCUGACUACACGGAGCGUGAUGCAUUGGAUGAGCUGUCACUUAAGCGUUACUGCUGUCGUCGGAUGAUGCUCACACACGUUGAUCUUAUUGAGAAGCUGCUGCAUUACAAUACGGGCGCUAUUGAACGAGGUGACGACUGA